AUGAUUGAGCAUACCGACUCCGCCGUUACACUCCCAAAGUACAAAAAACAACAGCGUAUUACGCGCUACAUUAUUAUACACCCCGGUGGUAUCUCCACCGGUGUCCCUAAACCUGGUAAUUAUACCAAGACUGAUUUCAUUGAAAAACUGAGAAAACUCAGCCGCUACAACUCUAAUCAGGUCCCCUCUUCGAGACCAUUCGUUGGCAUAGGGGGCCUGAAGCGCCUGAUGUUGAACAGGACUCAGCUUAGUUGCACAAAGCGGAAGAAGGAGUGGGAGAGUAUAGGAGCGGAGUACUUAAAAACAAACCAUGGCCGCUUUUCAAAAAAAAAAACCCUAAAGCCAGAAAAAAAAAACCCACCGAACUGCACGUCGUUCUGCAGCGGCGACUGCGUCGACCAUAUCGGCUUCCGCACAUCGACGAAACAAGAAUGGGAAGCCGAGCUUUGCUUCUUCUCAGAGCAACACCACCAAGGACGACGGACCUCAAUUUCAACAGCAGCUUUUUCUCAAAAUCGCUUAAUUUCCAGAACAGGGUCCGAAGCUACUCGGUUCGGUCUGGCCUUGAGCCCCCCGAUUUGCCUCGAUUGGCUGAAAACGCUCGUAUCUCUCUCACCCCUCGUGAAGUUGAAGAAUUUGCUCCAAAAAUCCAAAAAGUGGUUUGGACAACUUCAAGCAGUUGAUCUCCAGAGUAUUCAGCCAGCCAUUAGGGCAGAUACUGAAGGUGGAAAUUUUCGUGAUGAUUUGCCUGAAACAUUUGAGAACAGGGAGGCCAUGAUAUCCGCUGUGCCAAAUUACGAGGAGCCAUUUAUCAAAGUUCCCAAAGUCCUGAACAAGGAGUGACACUGUUUAGGUACGAGCUCGAUUCAUAAGGUUCAAGAAAGCCGUAUCUUGACUGAGAAAAAGAAAGCAAAUUUGUUUGGGUGAUUGGCUCCAAAUUUGCAUGUAUUUCUUCUUAUAUUUGUAAUAAUCAAAGUCACAAGAGCACUAAAAUGAGAAACUUGGAUGCAUCCAUAAGAGAAGCUUUCAAAGCAUUUUCCCUA